CGUCUCCGAACCAUCAUUGGAUAUGACAGGAUAUGCGUGAUGGAUGCUGGGACGAUUGCUGAAUUCGACACCCCUGUUAAUCUCUUCGCCAUGCCGGAUAAUAUAUUCCGCGGAAUGUGCGAACGAUCUUCUAUCGCCCUCGAAGAUAUUCUUUCUGCAUCCAAACAUGCAGCUUAA